AAUUGGCUUGGGUUUUUCAACUGGCGACUACGACUGAGAGGACGACGAACUGUGAUAAUAAAUAUGCUUUCUCGUCUUACGAUGGCUGCUGAGUGAUAUGUUGAUACGGAUUGAUGACCUGCCGGCUGUAAUAUAUAUGUAGUUUGGGAAAGUACAGGCUCGAGAAGGAAUAGCAAACGUACACACGAGGGAAACCAUCUAGAGGACGGAAGGAAACAUAAAGCUAUGCUUGAAAGGAUAACUCUUUCUCAAGUAUAUUCCUUGCUGUAUUUUUCUUAUUCAUAGAAAACUUGCCUUGAUCUGCAUCUUUGGCUUGUUGUUCUGCCACAUUUUUGCUUUCAUUUUCUCACUGGAAAAACAACCUCUAACCUAAAACAGAAGGCACAAAAAUUGACCAAUUCGGACAAUGUGGAUGAAUCCCAGGCAGAGGAGAAAUUUCGAGGUUGGAGAAUAUCCAGCUGAACUGGACGGUCCGAGGUACCGCUGGGUCUUCAUUCGUAAAGUUUAUACAAUCAUUGCCAUACAACUGCUAGUCACUGUUGCGGUGGCAACCGCAGUUGUUUCAGUCCAUUCCAUUUCAAACUUCAUCGUGCACACUAAGGUGGGAUUGGCUGUCUAUAUAGCUAUCAUUGUUAUUCCUUUUAUUGUCUUGUGUCCAUUAUAUUACUUUUACCAGCUACGCCCACUGAAUUAUCUUCUCCUUGGAGUUUUUACCACUGCUCUCGGAUUUCUGGUUGGACUUACAUGUGCGUUUACCAGUGGGAAGGUUAUUUUGCAAUCUGCCAUCAUAACUUUCACGGCCAUGGUUAUUCUCACUCUGUACACCUUCUGGGCGGCAAGGAGAGGUCAUGAUUUCAGCUUCCUCGGGCCUUUCUUGUCUGCUUCCCUGAUUGCUCUUCUGUUGUUUGCUCUGAUUCAGAUUUUCUUUCCCUUGGGUAGGAUUUCUGUAAUGAUCUUUGGGUGCUUGGCAUCGAUCUUAUUUUGCGGGUUCAUAAUAUACGAUACAGACAGCCUGAUCAAACGUUAUGCUUAUGAUGAGUACAUUUGGGCUGCAGUCUCGUUGUAUCUGGAUAUCAUUAAUCUUUUCCUUAGUAUUCUAACUGUCUGCAGUGCCCGAGAUAGCUAGGGACAUCACUUCUCCGUUUCUGUUUCUUUAUGUAUUCUAACCUUUAAGUGAAUUUCUUGGAAACUGCACACUUAAAUUCUCUACCGCAGUAAUCUAUAUAGUAGAUUGACAUUCGUUCAA